UCACUAACCUAAUUUCUUAAUUUGAUACGAAAUGGUUGGUAUAAAUAUGGUUCAUAUGUUGGUAAAAUCAUUACAUUUCUUUUAACAAGGAAAAGUAACACAUUACACCAUGUCUCGCUUUGUCAUCUUCGCCCUCGCCCAGGCUUGCCUCGUUCAGAUGGCUCUAAGCCAACUAUGUGGUGGUAAUCAAAUCUCUUACGGAUCCCCUGGCCUUGUCGAACUCGAAAAAAUAAGCCUGAGCGCACCCAGUGCCAGCGUUAGCUACAGUGCACCUAGCAUCAGUGUGAGCGCACCUAAUAGCUACUCGCAAAGCUACAGCGCAUCGUACGGCGGCGCGGGCACCGGCAAGGUGGGCGUGUCCGGCGACAUCGGCGCGAGCGGCCAGACCGUCGUCGUUGGCUCCGUGCCCGUGCUCGGCUCCGUCGACUUCGGUGGCAAGGUGGCUGCGUCCGGCUCCGUGUCCAUCUCCGGACAGUGCGGAUGCGGAUGCAAAGCUUAAAGUAGAUUUUUUAUUACAAUAAAAUUAA